AUGGUGUAUGAAGUUUACGAGUUGCCACUUUUGGUUCACGGUCAGUUUUUGGACUUUUUAAAUGAUGAAGAUUUACCUGACCAUACUAUUAAUACAUUCAUGAAAGAAUUUGUUAAUACAUGUCAAUAUACUGAAUAUCCCAAUAAGAAACCUCCCAUAUUACGUGCAAAUUCCUAUAGGAAAAAUGUUGAGGAACCAUUAAAAUAG